GCUGCGCUGCAAAUCGUCUCCUCCAUUCGCUUUUCCUCUCAAGCUUUCGCUGAUCAACACCUUCUAAUUCCGUCCAUUCUCGACUCUCUCCGUUCGCGAACAAUGGCGAACCGAACCGCUCCCCUUCCACUUCCACGUCCCCUCUUCAUCUUCCUCCUCCUCCUCUUCCUCAUCUCUUCCCGGAGCCCGGAGUUUCUCCGCCCCGCCGGUGCCGCGCACCGGCGGAUCCACAUCGACGACGACCUGGACGACGUGGUCGACGAUGAGGAGGACGAGGCCUGGAGGCGGUGGGGCCAGAAGUCGACGUCUCCUCCGGAGGACGACGAAGGGUUCGACCCCCCUCCGGAUCUGUCGAGCAUGGAUUUGGGCGAGUUCCAGGAGAAGAUGAUGAGGCGACACUCCGGGCCCACCUUCGGGUUCGUGAAGCUCCGGUUGGGCGUUCCUCGGACUCGGGAUAUGGUGUCUGAGAUCGCUAUGAAGUGGACCCAAGUAUUAAAGACAGGAGCUGUCGAGGUGAAGUUUAUGGGCAUCGAUCUUAACACAAUCAUGUUCACCAUGGUCAAAGGCCAAGACACACUAGAGUUGAAGGAGUUUUUGCUGGACCAACCAGAAGCAUAUGAGAUAAAGAUUGGAGAUCAAGCAUUCCGGCGACCCGGAGAUCCACCGCUGGAAGAAGUUCUCGAGACGCUCCACAAAGAGAAGAAACCCAAUAGAAUCCCCGGAGAAAAUGACGGGCGGUCGAAAGAAGAAUUGUAGAUGAUAGAAAUCACCUCUGAUGCUUCUAACGGAUGAACAGUAAAAAUGCUCUGUGCUUAUCAAGGACCAGAAAAGGAAACAAAGCGAAUAGAAAGGAAGAUAAACCAGCUUUUGACUUGCUGUAUUGGCAGUUUAUUCUUGUUGAUUGAGGCAUCCUUUGUGGUCCCUUCGAUUCUUUGCACAAAUUAUUUGUCCAUAUUCCCUCGCCAGCAAUCAAUUCUUAAUGUUCCUCUUGUC